AUGCCGGACCAUCUUGGAGAUGAUAUGCGUAAAACGAAGAAGGCUGAUGCUUCGACGGACGAGGAGAAGCCGUUUCAAGCCCUUGACGAAGGCGAUAUUGCUGUGUUGAAACGAUAUGGACAAGGGCCAUACGCGGAACAGUUGAAACAACUCGAAACUGACAUUGAGAAUUGUUUGAAGAAGGUUAACGAACUUUCGGGAAUCAAAGAAUCAGACACUGGUCUCGCUCCUCCAGCUCUCUGGGAUAUUGCUGCCGACAAGCAGGCUAUGCAGCAAGAGCAGCCGCUUCAGGUGGCCCGAUGCACAAAAAUUAUUCACAAUGAGGCGACGAACGAGGCGCGCUAUUUAAUUAACGUCAAACAAUUCGCCAAGUUUGUCGUCGAGCUUGCCGAUGCUGUCGCUCCGACCGACGUUGAGGAAGGAAUGCGAGUUGGCGUCGACCGCAACAAGUACCAGAUUCAUUUACCGCUUCCCGCCAAGAUUGAUCCAACCGUCACCAUGAUGCAGGUCGAGGAGAAGCCCGACGUGACCUAUUCGGACGUCGGUGGAUGCAAAGAGCAAAUUGAGAAGCUGCGCGAGGUCGUUGAGACGCCGCUUCUUCAUCCGGAACGCUACGUGAAUCUUGGAAUUGAGCCACCCAAAGGCGUGCUACUCUACGGACCACCGGGAACCGGAAAAACGUUGUGCGCUCGCGCCGUCGCCAAUCGUACCGACGCGUGCUUUAUUCGUGUCAUCGGCUCAGAAUUGGUGCAAAAAUACGUUGGCGAAGGUGCAAGAAUGGUCCGUGAGCUUUUCGAAAUGGCGCGAACCAAAAAGGCGUGCCUCAUCUUUUUCGACGAGAUCGACGCGGUCGGUGGAGCUCGAUUUGAUGAUGGACAAGGUGGAGAUAAUGAGGUUCAGCGCACAAUGCUUGAAUUGAUCAAUCAACUUGAUGGAUUCGAUCCACGUGGAAAUAUUAAGGUUCUUAUGGCAACUAAUCGUCCUGACACCCUUGAUCCUGCUCUGAUGCGUCCGGGACGGUUGGAUCGUAAAGUUGAGUUUGCGUUGCCGGAUCUUGCCGGACGCGCGCACAUUUUGAAGAUUCACGCGAAGCAGAUGAGCGUUGAACGCGACAUUCGCUAUGAUCUGCUUGCAAGAUUGUGCCCGAACAGCACAGGAGCUGAAAUUCGAUCAGUUUGCACAGAGGCUGGAAUGUUUGCGAUUCGUGCUAGAAGAAAGGUGGCGACUGAGAAGGAUUUCCUUGAAGCCAUCAAUAAGGUUAUCAAGGGAUAUGCGAAAUUCAGCGCCACACCGCGCUAUUUGACACAUAAUUAUCAAGCAAAACCAAGAUCCGAAAUGACCGCCGAAGAGCUGAAUGCCAAGGAGCAGGACGAGUUCGCGAUGGGACCACUCUCAAUUCUCACCAAUUCCGUUAAAAACAAUGCUCAGGUGCUCAUCAACUGCAGAAACAACAAGAAGCUUCUGGGCCGCGUGAAAGCCUUCGAUCGUCACUGCAACAUGGUGCUGGAAAAUGUGAAAGAGAUGUGGACAGAGGUGCCAAAAACCGGAAAAGGCAAAAAGAAGGCCAAGUCGGUGGCAAAGGACCGAUUCAUCUCGAAGAUGUUCCUCCGUGGUGACUCGGUGAUUCUGGUGGUUUUCAGCCGCCGAAAUAUGCCGUCGGUUCGCGUCGUGACCAAUAUUCCGGAUUCGAAGGUCCCUACCGAUUUCGAGGUCCGCCUCACCGAGGUUCUUGCCAAAUCGAUGGGAAAACCGAGCAAUCGAAUUGCCGUCGAGAUUUCCGCUGGAGCCCGAUUGGUUCAUGCAUGCUCGAAGGAACCAACCACUGUGGUGACGAUUCAAUCAAUUGGCGCCGUUUCUGCUGAGGACAAUAUCCGAACGACUGGCGCCGUCACCGCGUUCAUGAGCGGCGAGCUCGGACUUCCAAGCGACAAGGUGCUCCUUUUCUUCAGCAACAUGUCGCCGGAGAUGGUCGGCUUCCAGGGCACCACCGUCGCCGCUGCGUCUUCAUCAUAA